AUUCAGAGCUGGGUGGCGCAGGCGGCGGCCGGCAGUUGCCGCGCGACCGCCGCCACACUCCUUACCUCGCGUAAUAUUACAAGAGUAACACGAUAAAUGUUUUUUUGAAUAAUCAUAUAAAGUUGACUAGCUCGAGACAAUGGCUUAUUCUUGGGAUAACAGAGUCGCCUUCGUUGUCCGAUAUCUUUACGAUAUCGACAACAAUGGCUACCUCGACUCCCAUGAUUUCCAAUGCCUCGCCCUCAGAUCCUGCGUACUGGAAGGCAAAGGCGACUGCAGUGCCGCUCGCCUCCAGAAAUACCAACACAUAAUGCUUAGCCUCUGGGAAGAGAUCGCUCAGCUGGCGGACUACGACAAGGUGCCAGACUAUGACGGCAUGAUCACCGUAGAAGAGUUCAAACAAGCUGUGAAGAAUAGCUGUGUGGGCCGGAAGUACGAAGACUUCCCGCAGGCAAUGAAAGCAUUUAUAGAGUCAAACUUCCGAAUGAUAGACAUAAACUCUGACGGAGUAAUCGGUAUCGAGGAGUACCGCUAUGACUGCGUGCAGAGAAUGGUGUUGGAGGACAUCAAGGUCAUAGACGACGCCUACAACUCGUUGUUAAAUGAUGACGACCGUAGGAAAGGUGGUCUAACGCUAGCCAGGUAUCAAGAGUUGUUCGCGAUGUUUCUAGGCGAUGAAAACGACGACAGUCCUUCAAAACACCUCUUCGGCCCAUUAGAACUUUAGGGAUUUGGGCUUAAACACAUUACUGACUGACACACCUAAACUUAAAUUUAAAAUAAAAAAGAACAACGGAGAUUGCUUCUUGCCGUCCCAAAUCAGAUGCAUCGGCCAUCGAUAUUAUUUUCGUUCAGUUUUACAUAUUCAUCGGACGCACCACCACGUACGACGGUUGCUACUCAAUCUCCGAAGUCUAAUUUUACCAUUACUUUACGCCCGCUUUGAAAAUUGACUCUAAAAAUAUAACGUCACAUAGUACUACACCAAAAUAAAACACGAUAAUCUAUGUAUACGUGAUGCGUUCAGACUUACUCUAAUUUUUCAUUCAGCAACGGAAAUAAUAUCACGUAGAAUUCUAUUUAUUUUUAAGUAUGUACAUUUAUUUUAUUGUUAUUCAAAUUUAAUAUUGUUACAACUUCAUAUAGUUUUCAAUUUAAAAUGGUAUUCUAAUUUUAUUGUUAUUUAUUUGUUAUAUCUUAAUUUUUAAAAAAGUAUCUGUUAAUUUUUCAAGUGUUGGAAUGUUGAUUCUACUUUAUCGUUUCCUUUGUUAUUUAAUUAAGAAAAUGGUAUCAUUAUAAUUAUCUCAAUUAUUUUAUAUGAGCGAAGCUUACCUAAAGGUACUUUAUAGAUAAUUUUAUAUAUGUAGCCAAUAAUUGUAAUUGACUGUGGGGAAUGAACGGUAAUGAUGACUGUUGUGUCAGACAUACAAAAUGAAUCUAGUCACUACGAUAUUUUCACAUAUUUAUUGUAAAUACUACUGUUGACGUAAUUUUAUGUUUCAAUAAAAACUUAUACCUAUUUACGUAUUUAACUAUUAAAAAGCCAUUUCAUUUUG